AGCUGGCGGGGCGGCGAGUGCGGCAGCUGCUGGCGCUGCGGCUGGACACGGGCGGCAGCGGCGGCAGCAAUAGCAGCAGCAGCAGCAGCAACACCUCGGGCGGUUUACCCUCCUCCUCUUCCGCUUCCUCCUCUCCUUCCGAUCCCUCUGGUCCUCUUCCUUCCGGCGAAGAGCGGGGCGGCAGUGGCAGCGCUGGUGCCGCCAGUGCCGGUGGUGCCGGUGGUGGUGGUGGUGUUAGCUGCUGGCGGCCGCUGAGCCGCUCCGUGCUGCUCUGUCAGGCCUUCGCCAGCCAGGUGAUAGCGGGGCAGUGGUUGCGCAACGGAGAUGACGUCAUACGGGAGGUGUCGUACCUGCUCCACUACCGCGAGUUCACCGACCUGGAUCUGCUGGUUACUCAGUUGUGGAUGGCCUCCGAGCAGCCCCCCGUGGCGCUGUACGGCACCCUGGCGGCGCUGGGCGGAGGGGAGCUGCUGCGGACGGCAGGUGUGCCUCCCCCUGCUGCUGCCCCCUCCGCCUCCCCCCGGCUGCCCCCCUCCGACUCCUCUUCCUCCGACCCCACCACCGCCGCCGCCGCUGCCCUGCAUGCGCUGGUGUGCCUGCUGCGGGAGCGGGGGGUGUCGGGGCUGGGGGCGGAGGAGAGGCUGAGGGGGCUGCUGGUGCAGUGGUUGGCCCUGCGCGACUGGACGUACAACCACCUGGUGGAGCAGCUGCCGCCCGACCUGCAGCAGCACCCGCAGCUGGAGCAGGUGCUCUCCGAGGUGUCCAGCUACCGCGCCGCCAGCCUCUCCCAGGCGCGCCACUACUGCCUGCGCCGGGACGCCUGGCACCUCUUCUCCCCCCACUUCCACCACUACACACCACACAUGCGGUCCAAGGCGUGGGAGCGCGCGCUGCGGGAGGGCGGGCCGCCGCCGCCACCACCACCACCCGCACCUGCCGCUACGGUGCCUUCAGGGGCUGCUGGUGCUGGUGCUGGUGCUGGUGCUGCGGACAGCAGUGUCGUCAGCAGCAGGGGCGGUGGCUACCCGCCGCACUGGCAGCUGCGCCCGCCACGCCACCCGCUGCCGGCCUCGCUGGCCCCCCUGCAGCGGGUGCUGGGCACGGAGGG